GUGACCCUAAAAUUGAAAAUACUUCCAUUCCUAUACGCCGUCGUUUGGCCAAAAAUAAAAUAAACUUUCCCUGUUCAAGAAUCUCAGUUUCGACUUUGAAGCCCUAUCUGCCGCGACGCGACUUCCUCCGACUAGGCAACCAGAGUGCUUAUAAAAGGAAUAGUAGUAAGCACAUUCAUCUCCCCUAGAUAUGAACUCAGUUGCAAGGCGUUUAUCAAGCUUAGUCAGACAUUCAGGUUUCACACCUGAACCCUUCAAUAAUGGGCAUCAUCAAAUGCAGCAGCUCCAGCAAUGCAGAGGCAUAAGAGUGAAGGUCAUGGGUGGGAACUUGGAAGCAGCAUUGGGAUUGAUGCAGCGUAAGAUGCAAUCAAGUGGGAUCGAGAGGAUGAUAAAGCAAGAACAAAGAUUCCAUAUCAAAAACUCUGAGAAGCGUGUUUUAGCCCAAAAGAACUUGGAGCGGAAGAUUCGAUCUGAAGAUCUUGCUAAGAAACUUAAGGCCAUUAUGAUCAAGAAAGUCAGGGGUCUAUGAGAAAGUUGCAGUUCACACAAAAAAUGGUCAGCAUAAGUUGCAAUUAUUUUAUAAUUUGCAUGUGGCCACUGCAGUCGACACAUUCUUUCCAAUGCCCGAAUCAGGUCGUAAGUACUUUGGUAGCUGUGAUUUUUUGUAUCAGAUGCAUUUGCAAUCUAUACAAUAAAUAAAGUAUACAUUUUAUGACAAGUAUGACAAUGGUUUGGUCAAGUCUUGAAUCUGAGUCAAGAUGUUGAAUGUUCUUUAUUUGUGAUGGCAGUUUUCAAGCAGCAGUUGUGGAUGCAGGAUUAUCCUGUUAUUUCUUUUUACUAGGAUAAUUUAUUUAAUAUGCUCCUUGAAGUAUUUAAUGAAUUCUAUUCCCAUGUCACUUGUUGAAAUAGCCUAUAAAUAUUUUUCAUUUCUAGAAGAGUAAAAGAUAGAUCUCUAGCUAGAGUUGAAGACUUGUAGUCGGAUAUUUACUGAAGGUUUUUUCCCCGUCUUGUCACUUUCUUUUUGGUAAAUUAAGCUAAUAAAAAUUGCUAUAUUAUUGUUGCUCGUCAA